UGUAAAUGUGUGUGUCAGCUCGCCCGGAGUAGGGAGCGACCAAGCCAUGCCUGGUAGCCACACGGUCACAUAGCUACUGGGUCAUUCGCACUUCCUGUUGGAUCAAUACAUCCGUUGGUGGUGGGUUUUUUUAGCCCGCUAGAGAAAGGCCAGACAGAGAGUCCAAACCGCCACUGUCGCUGCCUCCUGGAACGCCUGAGACAUGGCUCACGUCCAGAGGGUGCAGAAGAAGACCAGCACCAUGUCCCUGACCAUCUCCUCUUCCUCCUCUGCAUCCUCCUCUCGAGAGCUCUCCUCCAGCUCCUCGUCCACUUCCUCCAGCGCCCUGGCUCAGAGGCACUCCAGCCUGGUGCAGCCGCUGGGUGUCAGCCCUCAGAGGAAUGAGAGUCCCAUCUACAAUCAGCAGUACUCAGGGAAUGGAGUGGCUCCUACUUUUGUUAAGGGCCUCCAUGAUGUCUCCACAGUGCAUGGCCAGCUGGUGGUCUUGGAGUGCAGACUGAGGGGAACCCCCCCUCUGCAGGUCAUGUGGUAUAGAGAGGACGAGCAAGUCCUGGACUCGGAUGAUUUCAGGAUACUACGCAAGAAAGCCAGCUCUACAUCCGUGCCAGAGGAGCUGUGCACACUGGUCAUCACAGAGGCCUUUCCAGAAGAUUCUGGUCUGUUUAAAUGUGUGGCCAUUAACUCCUUCGGCACGGUCUCCUGCUCAGCAAUCCUGGAAGUCUACAAUGACCUGGAGGAGCAGCUGGAGGUCGAGGCCGUUCGUGAGCAGGAAGCACUUUCUCUCCGACAGGAAAAGGAGGCGGUGUUUGGACAGGAGACUUCCUCCUUCAGAAACAGCAGCGAGGACUUUCCGUCGGAGCUGCCGGAUUCCAUGACCCUCCCCCCUCCUGAGUGGCCUGACAGUCCUCUAGAAGAUGACAUCCCUGUUGCAGAUUUUCCAGAGCCUCAGCUGGCCAACCACUUCUCUGAAGAACUCUUUGGUCGCAGCGGGGAGGAAAGUACCCUGAGCUCAGAGGACCAAAGGUCACCAGAGUUCACUGUUCGAGCCCGUACGCCUAGUCCUCUCCCUCCACCCGCACCACCACCACCAACAACCCAAGUCAAGGAGAAAACCCCAACACCCAAGCUGUUCACCCCAAGCAAGAUCAGCUUCACUUCCUCCCAGUCAGGAGGCAACAACAUGAACCUGUCAGACCUACCUACCUUCACUCCCAGCGUUUUCCCUCCCAGUGCCUUUAACUAUGAGCGACCGAGGCAUUUUAUCCAAUCACAGCCAUCCUUUCAGGCACCCAGCUAUGAAAGUGUUCUGAAAGAUGAAGAGGAGAACCAAAAUAACUUCCAACAGAGCCUCAACCUUUCCCAAAAUAGUCAAAAUGUUAUGGAGAAACGGAGUCAAGCUAAAAUGAUGUCUACACAAAGUCAGUCUCUUUCUCAAACUCAGUCAGUGUCCAAGUCCUUGUCACAGACCCAGUCCCAGUUUCAGUCCCUAAGCCUCAGUCAGAACCAAACCCAGUCUGUUGCCCAGUCUCAGAUCCAGGCCCAGAGCCGGACUCAGAGCCAAACUCAGAGCCAGACUCAGAGCCAGAACCAAAGCCAGAGCCAGAUCCAGAUCCAGAUCCAGACCCAGGCCAACGGCACAAGCAAGUCCUCUCCCUCCUCAUCAAGUCUCAGCUCUCCCAUUUCCACCCCGGCAUCCUCUGCCGCCCCUCCUCUAUCCUCUACUGCCGCCUUGCUAAGUCCCUCUGCCCCCACCACCUCCUCCCCUUACCCAGCCUCCCCAUCCUCUCUUCCCCGCACCACCAUGCGUUCCACCAUCACCCUUACCCCCAGCAUCCCCAGUGCCACCGGCCUUGGUAGCGCCACCCUGCCAGCUAAUCAGGACACCAUGUCAGCGCCUGCUGCCUUCCUCUGCUCUGUUCUGCCUUCCCAGUCCGCCUUCUCCCCGUUUUCCUCCUCCAAGCUGUCUCCCAACUCCAAUCUUCCCCGCCCUUCCAUCUCUCCGUCCCGCUCCCCUCUCGCCCCCUCGAGCCCUCUUCUCCCCAUGAGGGCUUCCUCCUCUCCUUCCUACCUCCCUAAGCAGCCUCUCCCAGUGUCACCAUCCCACCCUUGCUCCCCUCUCUCUCCCUCCUCCUCCUCUGUCCCACAGCCCAACACUCCCAACGGUCAGAACAGAGUACCACCUGCUGUGGUCUCCUUGCCCGCCAGCUACAAGGGAGCGCCAAGCAUCCUUCCCAAACCCAUUUUGAAGAAGUCUAUAGCUCCUCGGCCUUCUUCCUCUCGCUCCACAGAUGACGACAUCCAGGGAUCCAAAGACGCUCUCAUCCAGGAUCUGGAAAAUAAGCUACGCUCAAAGGAAGCCAGGAGGAGAAAUAGCCAGAAACUCUCCUAUGAGGAGCGCAUGGCUCGUAGGCUGCUGGGUCCAGACAACGCCAACUACCAAGACAGUCUCUCCGACUCACAACUCGACCAGCCGCAUUCACCACAAGGAAGACACACAGGUGGACUAUGGGGGAGGCGCCACUCAGGGACAGAUGAACGGGGAAAUGAAGGCUCAGCCAUCCAGGAGAAAUGUUACGCUCCUCGCUUCCUGCAGAUCCCUCCGGACCUCACUGUAGAGGAGGGACGCUUCUGUAGGAUUGACUUCAAGGUCGGUGGCCUCCCCACCCCAGACGUCUGCUGGUACCUGGAUGGGAAAGCCAUCCGUCCCGACGACUACCAUAAGAUGCUUGUGUGUGAGAAAGGGAUGCACUCAUUCAUCAUAGAGAUCGUCACAGUGCACCAUGCCGGCAUUUAUGAGUGUGUGGCCAGGAACCGAGCAGGGGAGAGCAAAUUUACCAUGAGGCUCAAUGUUUUAGCCCAGGAGGCUCUGCGUCCUCCCACCUUUGUCCAGAAGAUGUUGAACUCCAGAGCUCUAGAGGGGGAUACUGUUCGUUUAGAGUGCAAAGUGGACGCUUCCCCUCCUCCACAGCUCUUCUGGAAGAAAGACAAAGACAUGUUGCGCAUUGACCCAAACAGAAUGAGUCUGUAUGAGGACGGCUCAGGCCGGCAGUGCUUGUUGAUAGAGAGGCUGACGAAGUCUGAUGCUGGUUGGUACACUCUCUCUGCCAUCAACGAAGCGGGCAUGUCCACAUGCAACGCUAGGCUGGAUGUCGGCACUCGCACCGCCCCGGCCAUGAAGACGGCGCCCCCCGGCUCCAAGACGCUGAAGCUGCUGUCCUCGCUGAGCCACGUGCCCGUUCUGACCGUGGAGAAUCCCGCCCAGCACACCGCCCCGCUGUACGAGAGUGAAGAGCUGUAGACCCCGCCCCAAACCACACGUCACAUCCUCAGGAAACCACCGCACAUCUCAGAACUGUAAAGCUGGGCCGGAGCCUGCAUCGACUGUCAGCUCAGGGCAGGAUACGGUACUAAAUCAAUCAAUGUAUUAUUUAUACAAGGCUGAUAAAGUCUACAGUUUAAUUUAACACAUUUAGUUGGCUGGUAAUUCCCCCCCCCCCCAAUACAUUGUGGUGGAGUCAGACCUGCUGCCACUUUUAUCCCAGACCCUGUGGUCCAGAAAGCAUUUUCCCCCAUAGAAAACCGAUGAAUGGACAUUUCAAACAGCACACAAUGGAAUUUAUUACUACUGGUCCUGAAGUGGGCAGGUGUAGGAAGUUACUUCCCCGCUCUCUCCCAGGGUCAAGACGUAAUAGAAAACAACCCACAAUCCAACUCUGCAAACAUCUGUCACUGCACUUUAAUGCCAACAACUGUCUGCCUGUCACUCAUCCAGCCCCUGCUUCUCCUUUCCUCCAGCUUGUAUACGGAGGAUUUUGUGUUUGAGCCUCCAAAUUGAAGUUCUUGUCCCUGAGUUCCUACUUCUGGUGAUGUGUCUGUAGAUCUCCGAUAUCUGAAGAGGAAAUCUGAUUGUUACAAGAAAGCUCAGAUGUUGCUGUUGGUUACUGCUCCGAUUCUCCGCUGUGGUAUAAAUUCAGUUUAUAUGUGUUUUUAAAGUUGGUUUCUAAUAUACCGUGUAUGCGAAUGAAGCUAUUUAUUUGAACUGAAGUUAUUAGUUAUCAGUGUUGGGAUUUAAUGUUGCCCCUCCCUUGGCCUGCAGCCCGAGGCGUAUCAUCACGUUGAGUUGGACAAAGAGCAACAGGCUGUCAUUCUGAUACCAAGCACUGACAACUGAACACACAACCUGAUCUGCACUCAAAACAACACUCAGAACUUAAUAAAGAGCACAUUUGAUCACAUCUGCGGUGCAGAUAAGACAUGUUUUACUCACUACACAAGUGGAGACCUUCUGUUUUCUCCUUCAGUGCAUUUAUUUUGUAUGUUCAGUUGAAAAAUAAAAAUGAAAAAAAUAAGGUAUCAGUGUGUUCGGCCUGUGAUUCCAAUUCUGACCAGAGCCUUGUAUAAAAAGAUAUUUUAAAAAAAAAAAAAGAAGAAGAAGAAAAAAAAAAAAGAGGCUUGAUUUGCCCUGGAACCCUGGUUUGUUGUUACUGUAAGCCAAGAAGUAAUUGGUAUUUUGGGCUGGAUCUGCAUGCCAACAGAAAAUCUGUUAUUUAACUGUGUGUGGCCACGUUUCAGUCUGCUCAAUGGCAGGAAUCUCAUUUCACAUGUCCAUAUAAUCUGAGAUCGAAAUCACAAGAUGAAAAGUAUUUCUUUUUUUUUUUCACCAUAAAUUGCAGUGUAAACAUGUAAACUGCCUUCAGCUCACAACUAAUGGUUCUAGAUAGUGUUUCUAGUUUGUCAUGUUAGGAUCACAUGGUGUUCAAUGUUGGAUUUGCUUAAAGAUUCUGUACUCGAUAUUCAGCACAUUGAUAUGUAUGCAAACUAAAAAGGUCUGAAGAUAUAGAAGAGUAAUAACAUCCUGAGCAGAGACUAGAGCCACACUCCCUCUGCGUGUUUUAAUCUGAGAUGCUUUGUUUUGUCGGUUAUUGGCAAUCCCAGCCAGCUUUUCUUUCUUCUUUUUUUCAGUAUUUUGAGUACAACCCCUUUAAAGCACCAGAAAUGUUUUGGUAAAUUUGGCCUUUCUGUUGAGAUUUGAAGCUGCAGGUAGUAGUGUGUAUUCUCCCCAAGUAUUGUUUGUUGUGUAAGUUCUACAUACCACUGGAGGAAUAAACUUAGUGAUCUUG